CUCCCCAACAUGUUUGGUGACCUUCGUUCCACGUUCAUUGCUCUGAUGAUUGGCUCCUAUGCUUCCUCUGCUGUGACUUUUCCAGGAAUCAAGGUUAUAUAUGACUUUGGGGUCUCCUUCAUCCUUAUUCUGCUUGUCUGGGCAUGCUGUGCAGGACUAGUUUUCCUCAACUGUUUCUUCAACUGGCCACUGGAGCCUUUCCCAGGACCAGAAGACAUGGACUAUUCGGUGAAAAUAAAGUUCAGCUGGCUGGGAUUUGACCACAAAAUCACUGGGAAACAGUUUUACAAGCAAGUAACAACUGUGGGGCGCCGUCUCAGUGUGGGGAGCUCCAUGAAGGGCCCCAAGGAGCCGACAGCCUUGCAAGAGAACAACAAGCUCUGUCUGUCUACGGUGGACUUAGAAGUGAAGUGCCAGCCUGACAACGCAGCUUCUCCCUCCUUCAUGAAGAGUGUCUUCAGUCCUAUCUUGUUGCUAAGCCUUAUCACCAUGUGUGUCACUCAGCUGCGGCUCAUCUUCUACAUGGGAGCCAUGAAUACCAUCCUUGAGUUUCUGUCUGGAGAUGAAGAUCAAGUGGCUCUCUACACUUCCAUUUUUGGGGUAUUGCAACUGCUGUGCUUGCUGACAGCGCCUGUGAUCGGGUACAUCAUGGAUUGGCGACUGAAAGAAUGCGAUGAUGGCUCAGAAGAGAAUGAGGAGAGCAGCGCUGAGCAAAGUGAGAAGAAAAAGAAAAAGCGUGAUCGUCAGAUCCAGAAAAUCACCAAUGCCACCAAUGCCUUUGCAUUCACAAAUGUCCUGCUGGUUGGAUUUGGAAUCACCUGUCUUAUUCCUAACCUACCGUUGCAGAUUCUUUCCUUUAUUUUGCACACAAUUGUGAGAGGAUUCAUCCACUCAGCCGUGGGAGGCCUCUACGCAGCUGUAUACCCCUCUACUCAGUUUGGCAGCUUGACAGGGUUGCAGUCGUUGAUCAGUGCCCUCUUCGCCCUUCUGCAGCAGCCUCUUUUUAUGGCAUUGACAGGACCUUUGGAAGGAGACCCUCUCUGGGUGAAUGUUGGCUUGCUUGGCAUGAGCUUGCUGGGUUUCUGCCUUCCAAUCUACCUGGUCUGCUACAGACGCAGGCUAGAGAGAGAAAAAAAACAGAAGAUGGAUGAUGCCAAACUCUUCUUCAAAAUCAAUGGCACUCCCAAUGAGGAAGCCUUUGUUUAAACUGGUGCUUCAGAUACAACCUCCCCUGUACAGGUUCCUGCCACAUCCAUGGGUUCUACCUGUGGUGUAAGCCAGGCUUUUUCUCUCCUGGCUCUGCCAGUCUUUGCUCAUCAUUGGAGCGAGGGCCGGACAUCACGACUGAGCUUUCCUCAGAUAUACGGCAGGAGGAGGCUUCCCACUCCUUACUCCAGAACACGGGACACUUUUCCUUUUUAUAAAGGCCACGCAGAUAUUGUGUCUUAAGUUAUCCCCUGAUCACACUCCCCAGUGGCAGAGUCUCUGCAUAGGAAACUGGGGAGAGAAGGAAUAGAGGGAUGGGGGAAGAGGGAAGAAAGACCAUAAUUUGAGUUUGCAAAUGUAACACACUGAAGGCUGUUUUCUCUUCCUCUUCCCCCAACCUUGGCUGACAUUGUCUCAGAUGCGAGCUGCACUCUCCUCCCUCCUUGAGGCUUCACGGUGGUCUUUCUGCUUGAUUAGUAGCUGGACCCAGUGGUUUUACCGUCUAUCCAGACAUGCACUAGACUGUUUCUGAGGCAGGGAGGGGGAUUUUAUUCCUAUUUAUGUGAGCACAGCUUCAGUGUAUUGCUAAAUGUUGGCUGCUAGCACUGACAGCUCCCAAACUUUUUAUUACUGCAAAUGACACAGACUGUGAGCAAUGGAUCUGCCUUCCACACUGAAAUGAAGAGCCUAGUGGACUGCUUGGUCCUAGACCAAGCCUUCAAAGGCCUGGAAUUCCUCCUCUUCCUGGCCUACAAACCACCUGUAUGUGUUUUAAAUCGUCUGCAGUCCUGGAACUUUUGAGAUAGGAAUUGGAUCUUGUUUACCGAUGAAGUGCUUUGAGACUUGUUGCCUUUUGCCUCUUCUUCCCUCCAACAUGACCCUGGGAGGGGAGCAGCAGUGUAUAUUUAGUAAAGUGGAGAAGCUUCCUGAAGCCGAGUUCUGGGGCUCCAAAUACCUUGGUGUUCACAUGUCAUGAGCUGACUUGCUGUUGAAAAGAAUCAAGAGAGCAGAACACUCCUUUGUGUCUGGUAACUGGAUCCUGUGGACAUACAGCAGGGUGAUGUGGUGAUGUAAUUCCUCCUCUAGCCAUAGCUUAUUUACAUUGUUCUGAUAAUAGUCCCCAAGCUGCUGAACACUGGGUUACCCUGACUGACCAAAAAGCUGCCAGUUUGGCUGUAUUAAGGGCCUUCUACAAUGUUGGUGCUCUGUCUGGACAGAGUACGUGGUGAUUGAUUGUAUCGUGAACCUGCAAUAUGUGUGAGUAAAGGU